AUUUAUCUAAUUUCUGUCCGUUCAGCUCGUCCUAUAUUUAUGUUCCAAUUUCCAAUCUUUCUUUGUUCAGCUGGGUACUGGACGUUCUUUCAUAACCUGCUAAACCUGCCAAUACCAAGUCAAACCACCCUGACCGCAAGCUACAAACUAAAGCCAAGUUACGCUCUCUGACCUGAAGUUAAACACCAUGACAGACCCAUCUCAGCCAUUAAUGUCUAGAGAAUACCACCGCGGCGGUCUCGCCGAUCUACGCGCACCAUGCCCCGUGCUAAACUCCCUAGCAAACCACGGCCUCAUCGCGCGGUCCGGCCGCAACAUCACAAAAGCCUCUCUCCUGUCCGCCCUCGACGAAAUCGGUCUAGCCAGCAGCGCAGCGAAACUGCUCUGCGAUAUCGCAUUCAAAGUACACACCGACGACGCAAAGAACCCGCCCCCUGGCACGGCGGCGAUGGGAUUCCGCGACCCGGACCAGGUUAAUGAGCACGGCGAGCCGGUGUUUAACCUUGACCAGGUGGGACGGGCGAAUGCGAUGGAGCAUGAUAUCUCGCUUACCCGCCGGGACCGCGCGCUGGGGGAUUAUAUGGAUCUUGACGAGGGGUUGUAUAAACGCCUUCUUGCGUGUCCGCGGGAGAAGAAGGCGUUCCGGAUCUGGGAUCUAGGGCGGUAUCGCAAGGUUCUGUAUGCUGAACAUAAAAGGGAUAAUCAAGAACUGGUGUUUGGGGUGCAUCAGCAUGCGAGUGCGUGUUUGGAGGUUGCGGCUAUGCAGUGUGUCUUUGGGAAUGGGAUAAGAGGGGGUGUGCCCAUGGAAUACUAUGAGGCUGUGUUUAGGGAUGAGCGAUUGCCGUUUGAUGAAGGGUGGAGGCCGCGGAAAUGGAUGUUUCUGGUUGAGCUGGUGGGUGUUGCGUUGUGUGUUUCGUUUUGGGCAUUUUAGACACUUUAGAUUCAACGGUGCAAUUCUAUCUAGCUGUACUAUCAGGUAACUUCUCAACAGAGGAUACGGUGAACGUGGUCUCGUUAAUUGGCAGGCUCUCGAAAACAACAACCAGAUAUUUGGUAUCACCAGCUCUUAGGUGAAUGCGAUAAUUUGUCCCCGCAACAACCUGUCUUUCAACCUUCUCAACAGUCACAUCCCCGCCAUACUGUUCUU